GUCAUUCCGCUGCAUCCUCCUUCCUCCAUCUCCCUUCCCUCUUCCAUCUCUCUCCCAUCGAGGAAAACUCGGAAAGAAACCUCACAAUAUCCUCGCGUCCUUCCUGGUGUCGCUAGCCGGGCAGUGUGUGUUGUGACGUGGGUGACUCAAACGUACAUAGGCGCAGUGACGUGGCAGCUGAGUGUGUGGGCGCGUGGGCGUGGUGUGCGGGCUUGUGACGGUGAGGAAGUAAGCGGAGACACCGGUGGUCGAGCCUCUGGGAAUGUCGGGUUUUGUGGCUGUCAGCUGCGGCGGUGGACGAAGGAAGAUGCUGAUUAUAUUUAUGAUGGCUGUGUGUCUCCUGCACCUCCUUCUCCAAUUCCAUGUGUUGCAACGCAUCUUAGUGUUUCGAGGGGCGGGCGGCGUGAGGGGCAAGGAGUCAGCAGUCACCUUCAGGAACCUCACGCCCUCAAAUGGAGACAGCGAAGCCAAGGCCGACCACCACAGAGACCUUGGCAACGAUACUAUGAUCCCUCUCAAGUGGCGGCCGCAGGUGAGGUGGCCCCUGAUGGUGUUCUCCACGGUGGGACGCCUGGGAAAUUGCCUCAACACCUACGCCUUCGCCCUGUCCUUGCACGACGUCUACCCCGCCACUGUGGCCGUGACGCAGCCUGUACUGAAGACGUUAAGGACUGUGUUGGCCGGAGAGAACCUUACCUUACCUGUUAUUGACAUGCAAUUCCAAGAGGAGGCUGACGAGGAGGAUGCGGUGGAGGUGGUGGAGCCAGACUACCUCAAGGACGACAUGGUGAGUCACCUAGAGCCCACCUUCCAGCGGGCCGUGCGGGAGUUCCAGGUGGGCGGCAGACGCAAGGUGUUCCUGCUGCCAGGGUACCCGAACCGGAUGUGGAUGCUCGCCCAACACUUCAGCAUCAUCCGCGCCUCCUACAGGAUCCGAGCCGAACUACAGCAGGAGGCAAGAAGAUUCCUGGAGAGGGCGAGGCAUGGGAGGGGUCGCAAUGUCACCUUCGUCGGGCUGCACAUUCGCCGGGGUGAUUACGUGAACUUUAUAAAGAACUUCCACAACUGUAGUCUGCCGGGUCCUGAGUUCUACGAGGCUGCAAUUAACCACUACCGCGCCUCCCUCGCCGAUCCGCUCUUCGUGGUGACCUCUGACGACCUCCCCCACGCCCGCCACCACCUGCACCGCCACCCCGAUGUCGUGUUCUCAGAUCUCAGGACGGCGGAGGGGGACAUGGCGCUCCUGGCAGCCUGCUCGCACUCCAUCAUGACCGUGGGCUCCUUUGGGUUCUGGUCCUCAUUCCUAGCCGGUGGGCACGUCGUAUAUCCUCUUGUCAACGGGUGCUCUAAGACGCCCUUCAUGCAUCCAGAUAGCUUGGGCUCAAGGGGCUUUGAAAACUGGCUUCCCUUGAUGGUUGAAAGCCGUGGUAGUGAUGGGUCUUAGCGUUCUCCUCACUCUACAAUACUCUGUCCAUUUUCCCGUCCAUUACGCUUCCUUCGUUUAGAGUGGUGCUUCUCAGUAGCCUUUCUCUCCUUGUCAGUGAUUCGUAAUAUGCAGGAGCUAAGUGACAGUCAAAAGGUUGAGAUAAUUAGCUUUAUUAAAAAAUCGCAUAAGAAUAUAAACGCCGCCUACUCGACCAGGUGUGAGGGUUUGUGGAAGGCAGUAUAUGGCGACUGACUGCUUGAACCUCGCCAUACCUUGCUUCCCUUCCUGCAAACACUGCUUCCCUCCCUUCCUUCAUCACAUACACUUACACACAUGGUCAAGCUUUUUCAAGAAGCACUACAAACGCUACAAGAGACAUCCAAUAUCCAAGGGAGACGUGAAGGCGUAAGAAGUGUGGGAGUAAGCGCCGCACACCACGCCCUACAGGAAGACUACGUCGGGUGUCUUGGAGCUUGUAGAAUUAGAAGCUAUAUAGCACCAGGAGGGCGUGUUGUUGUCUUUAGGGUGACACCGGGACAUCAAUCGGUAUAAUAAUAGUAAUAAUGAUCACUGUCAAUAUGAAUUAACUGUACAACAGAGGAUUCUUCAACUUUCUCCUGUCAUCCCUGUGGGCUGCCUGUUUAUAUCAGGCCAUUCCAGAUGAUGUACCGCUCACUAUACAUGGAGCUAAUGUACACUAAUAAAUAAUCUCACG